CAAUAACUUUAUUCAAAACCGCAGAGAAAUUUUGUUUAUGCAAAUGAUCAUAAGUCUGAACGCYAGCCAGACAAAGAUCAGAUACCCAGCUAAGAUAUUCAAAAACAACAGGCUCGUAUAAYAUUUCGACUGACAUUUGACCAGUGAAAACUUAGAAUCUGAAUAAUGUUGGAUGUGUUUUGAGUAGAGGCUCUUCACUUGGUAAAUAUUGGAUUACUCAAGGCAAGCGGAUUAAAGACUUCUGUUCUCUCUUCCUAUAAUCCACUAAUCGACACAGAAGUGAUUUUCCAGGGAUUUAACUGUCGACCUACUACAACCAUGUGUGAGGAUUGGAUGGUGGAAUGCCCGGUAUGUUCUGUAAUCUUGAACGUCGCCGUAGUCGUGUCAUUCCUGUUGAUUUGCUGGUGUGCUGCUGAUGAUACRGUCUACAAUGGCGUGUUGCCGCCACARAAACUUGUGGCACUCCCAGUUGUAUUGUUCUUUCUGCUCUAUGCUUGUUACAUGACGGAAUGUUACUAUGCGUCAAGCAGGAAGCUCCUCWGUAAAGUUCUUCGUCAACAGACCAUCGUCCAGUUCAUUGAGAGACUUCAAGCCACCUCGCCAGAGAUUCACUUCAGCGCAGUAUGUUGGCAUAAUGAGCCAAAGAGUCGAAUGGUGCCAGUCAUUGACCGACGAGGCAAGACAAGAAUGCAGAAUGAAWCAUAUAGAGAAAAAGUGGUAACACUGACUGAUACAGAGAAGUUCAAGUACAGCCUGGCUGUCAUCACAUUCACCAAGUCUUUCCAGUUCACAGAUCCUCCUUCCAAAUCCUUGUUUAUCAAUCUCUCGUGUGGCUUUCAAGCACGGAACAGACACAUAGACAAGCACAUGGAUUUUGAGGAAGCUAUGACACUUGAAGGGUUUUCUGAUCACGUGAUAGCCUACGUUGAUUUUGAUCGAAAGGAAUCCUGGAUGAAUAUCUGGUUUUACUGGUUAUUUUCCGCGUUACUGAUGAGCUGGUUGUUUCGAUGGAUGCUUAAAAGAAGAACUUUGACAAGUGAAUUAAAGAUYGUCAAAGAAAUACAAGUUGUUUUAUAAACUGCCGUUAAUGUCUACAAUAGUAUUUCAACUCAUGAUGAAGUGAAUCAUUUAAGACUGGCCUACCGCCUUGUACCUCGAAUAUUUGUUGGGUUUCAAWUUUCAAUCAGCUGAUAAAAGUCUUUAAACUACCUUAUCUACUCCAAAUGGUUGUUAAACACUGCCAACCAGGACUAUCUACCAGAAAAGAUGUUCGUACUGCAUGAUAUUCAGCUGGUACACAUUCUGCGUGCAUAAGACAGGAAACAACGUCAAMUAAACCCCAACAUUAGAAUAAGGAAAUAAUAAGUCGUCUAGUGAGUUGAUUCAGCAGAUAAGUUAAGAAAAGUAAUCGAGAUGUGUGUGUGUGCGACAGAACAAAACAGGGGGACAAAACAAAAAAGAAAAAGAAAAAAAAAGAGGGAAAAAAAGGAAAAAGAGGGAAAAAAAGGAAAAAAAAGAAAAUGCCUUACAGUUUAUGUUUCUCUAAGCCGUAAAAAUAAAACUGAUAGUUUGUUUCUGUUGCGUUGCUUCCUUGUUAAUACAAGAAAAUCAUAAAUUUCUUACUUUUCCCUGGACUGUCUUUAAAUUUGCC